AUUUUCCAUUUUAGAGCAUUUUGAAAUCGUUAAAGGUAGGUCAAUUAUGGACAAUUUGAAAGGCCUUUAUUUUGGAAGGCACCAUCAGAAUGACUUGAUAUUGAUAUGGUAUCACUGUGGGGCUGUAUACUGUUGAUCUGAAGUGGAAUUACCCUGUGGAAACAGCAACUUUCCAUUUUAGAGCAUUUUGAAAUUGUUAAAAGAGUCAGUCAAAUAUGGGCAAUUUCAAAUUGCUGUGGUUUGAAAGUGUUGAUACAAAAUACAACUACUCUUUGAAAAUAUGACUUUUGCUUUUAAGCGGAUUCUGAAGUCAUUGAAAGAGUAGUUCAAAAAUGAAAAUUCACAGGGCUUUUAAUUUGAAAUCCAAAAUAAGAUUGCCUUGAUAUCGACAGGGCGCUAAUAGUGAACAAGCCUAAAUUAUUUGUUAUGUUCUUAAAAUAUCUGAUAAUUCACUUGAAGUUGAAUUUUAUUUUGAAAUCCGGUUUCCACAUCCAUUCCCGUAAUAACUUGAAUAGACGGGGAACAGAAAACAAACUGGAGGCUGGCUUGACUGCAAUGCUGGAAUUGGAGGCUGGCUUGACUGCAAUGCUGGAAUUGGAGGCUGGCUUGCCCGUGGCUCUUCACCAUCGACAGCCCUAACUGGCCUGCAAAGCUCAGAGCUUUUCUUUGUCUCGUCCAACAACUUUUUCUGUUCUUCUAGACUUCACAUCAUCUCCUGCAUUUCUGCUUUGUUGGUCUUAAACUUUUGGAUGUUUUUCUUCAGUUUAACUUUACCUUUCGUCAGUUAGUCAUAGACCUGACCCAUUUUGAUCGUUGUUUCCUCCAGUUUCUUUUUCUCAUCGUUUCGUUUAAUCGUUUGUUCCUGCAGGUUCUAGGGCUAGAGGCAGCUGGUCCGCGCAUGCGCAACAUCACUAUGUAAUCGUUGGAGGGGGGGGCACCGUCCCUCCACCCUUUAUACAGUCACAGCGGCUCCAGCUGAGCGCAGUCCCUGCUCUCCCACUUGCUUCUUCCACUAUUUUGGAAUAUUUCGUCACAUUUCGGCACCCGUAGAUGCAAAGUUUGCAAAGGAACCAAACUCAACUUUGAGUCUAAAACCAUUCUCAGCUGAGGCCAUGUUUUCCAAGGCAACUGCCAACUUUGUUCAUCAGAUCGACCCUGAAGGAAGCCUCAUCUACGUGUCCCGGGUAAAUGAUUCCAAAAAACUUCUUCCCAUGGCCAUUGUCGUCAAGCGCAACCGCAUCUGGCGCUGGCAGAGACCCAAGUACCAGCCGACGGACUUCACCCUCAGCGACUUGCUGCAGGGUGAUGAGACUCUUCAACCUGGAGUGUCUGAGACUGAAUUCUUGUCCUACAAGGGGACGUUUAGUGACGAACAUACUGGGAAGCUGGAUACAGAGACCGGUCCUAUCCAUGUCAAACUGGAAGGACUGGGUAUGACUAAGCUCCAGUCCUGUUUUGGAAAGCUAAGGAAGGAGGAGCUAGAAGUGAAGAACCUCCUGAAAGGCUCCAAUAACAGGCUAGUGAACAUGCAGCACAUUCUGGUGCAGCAGAUAGAGAAACGGGCCGAAGUCCUGGUGGUGGUGAAAGAAAGGAUCCUCACCACCAACUCCUGCUCCGUCAUGUUCACAAGAAAGCAGCAGUGCACCUUCCAGGGGGUACUCAGGCUGCUGGGUCUGCUGGGGACCUCCAUAAAGAUCUGUGGUAAGGACGUAAACAGCUUCGAGGCGGACAGUGAUGUUUCUUUGGAGAUUCCUUCUGGAACCGUGAUUGCUUACAGCGUCCUGGAGCUGGAGAUUAAAACAACUGGCCACUUCAAUAUUUGCCUGCAGCCUGGAACUAUCGGAGGCUUUGAGAGCGACUCGGUCUCUACAUCCGAGUCACCAGAUCCCUCUGUGACUGUGGUGGAUGGUAAAAUCAACGACCACGAGGCUCUGGGGGACAUGCUCUCUAGCAGCCAUCAGAACGGAUCACAGGAGCUGGAGCUUGCUCCUCUGGCGGCGCUGCCUCAGGCGACCAGAUACGCCUUGUUCAGGAAGCUCCAGGAGACUCUGAGCGACAGAUCUGCUCUGGGAUGUAUUCAGUGUGUGCUGGAGGAGAUGUGCUGCAGCAAAACAGUUUUAAAGACCGUUAUCGACACACAGCUGCAGGUUCCUGGAAGUUCCUUCAACCUGACUGAUGUGGAAUUAGACAGUCUGACUGGAUCUGGUCAGAGUGACGUUCCUGCUCACCUUGGUGCAGCUCACCUGUUGGUCAGCGCCAUGGAAGAGCUGCCUGAUGAAACUUUGAGCAUUCUGAGUGAGAGUCGACCCGACUUUCUGGCAGCGUUUGACACUCUGAUGAGCCAGGUGAAGGAGAGCAGGGAGCCUUCGUCCGUUCAAUCUCUUCCCGCCCAGCUGCAGGACAUCCAGCUCUUGCAGCAGGCGGAGCAGCUGCUCGGCUCUAUCGGAGCGAUGCUGAGGAGGGAUGCUGACCGGGUGUGGGUGGAGGCGGGUAACGCUGAUGGAGUCCUCCUUCUGGUCCUUGGUCUCGGUGUGCGUGGUUUAUCUCUGCUGUGCACCGGGCUGCUUUAGCUGGUGCCCUCUACUCCCAUUGUUACGGCUCUCCCACUCAUGACGUUUUACAGCGUGGUACUGUAGUAUUGUUACUACUGUAAUAUGAUUGUCAAAUAUGUGUUUUAUUUUGAAGUAAAUAAUGCAUUGAUUCUUUGGAAAACCCGACUGAGCUGAUAUAGAAGUCCUGAUGGUGUGAGUGGAUCAUGUUUCUCGGUCAGAGAUCAGCUGAUCCUCCAGAGCUGAUCGACCCCCAACCCUGGUGACUGGUUAUGGCACCUUUAGUGGUAACCAGUAGGAAUGAGUCUCUCACAUCACUGGGAGGAGGUUUGGCCCACCCUUCCUUACAGAAUAGCUUUUAUUCAGUCAUAUUGGAUGGUUUUCUAACAUGAAGGGCCUUUUUAAGGUCAAAGGUCAGAUGUUCUCUUUCGUGAUGUUCUGCUAGAGAGCAAACUUGGUGGUUCCAUGGUCCAGGUCCUGAAGCAGCAGAGCAGCCCUGUCUGACUGUUGCUAUGGUGAUGACUCCAGAUGGAAGGGGACACCCAGCCCCUGAUGUUCCUGCUUUGGUCUCAUCAGUCAGGGUCAGCUCCCUCAUUUCUCUCUUAUUUUUGACCUCUGACCUCUGUGCCUUAGAUGUUAUGGAUUCAUUAUUUCUUGAAUUUCAUUAGAAUGAGGCCUGAUGUGCUGCUUUUUGAGAUUGUCGAGCCGCUUUUAUGUUGAUUUCUGCCGUGAUUAAACAAGGGGGGUUAGCAGUUAUGCUUCUGACCUUUCAAACUUAGACCAUCAUCUGAAAACAGCCUUUUGUUUUACUCACGUUAUCUUUGUCUGACAUUCUUCUGAAACAUUUAAGCUGGACCUCACAAAGCAAGAGCUGAAGAACUCCUUUUUCACAGUUUCAUCCCUCUGACCCUCAUCAGUCUUAACGGUGACUCAGCUAAAAGCUGCUGUGGUUUUAAGCUCCAGAUUUCUGUCUUGGUUUUAUUGUAAAGUCUAGUCUUUGUAAACACCAAGCAUCAUGUGAUAUAUGGAAAACUAUUUAUGUUUUAUUUUGCCAGAUUGGUUAAAAGAUAUCUAUUUUAUUUUUUAUAAAUAAAGCUUUAUAUUAUUAACAUUCCCAUUAUUUAGUAAAUCCAGGCCAGUGUUUGGAUCAGGUCGCUGGUUUAUUUUUAUAUAGAUUAUGAUUUUAGAUUUGUUUGAUGUGUUUUAGGGAGUUUUGGCAAGAUGUUUCUUUUUAUGGUUCUUUCAUCCAAGAUCUGUUUAAAAUGGUUUUAUGGAACUUUUCUUGAAUUUUCUUGAAUGUUUAUUGAAGUUUAGGAAAACUGACGGUGGAAGGAUGCGUUAGGAUAUCCUGAAUUUUCAUUGGGUGUCAAUUUGAGGAAGAGGAAGACCUUUGGCAGAAGCAAUGGUCCGAAUCUAAACCACCAGUAGAGAUUAUGAUGUGUCAAUGAUAUAAAAAUGUUGUUAUUUUAAGAGUCUGAACCUUUAUUCUUGUUUUAAUGUGUACUAAAAUCAGACCAUUUAGUGUUUUUGCUCCUUCUGUAAAUUUCUUCUUGUUUUUUUAAUGAAACUUAAUCAGACUUUUUCCUGUUUGCAGACCAUAAAUAUAUUUUGUUUCUUCUAAAC